AUGCUGGACAUAGCUGUUGGUUGCUUCUAUAUACUGUACGCAACGUUCGGCAUUGUGAUGCAUGCACUCGAAAUUACUGCAUGCGUGCGUUUAUCAAGACAAUACGGAGCAUUUUAUUUCAUUGCACAUUCGUCCACAGCUGAUACCUUGAUGCUGCUUGCAUUCGGAGUCUGGAAAGGUGUCGUGAUUUUAUUCCAGAACGAAAUCGUCUCAGCGAAUAAUCGUCUAUUGGUCAAUGUGGUGAUCAAUUUUGCAUGUAUUGCUGCUGUGUUAUUAUCAGUACUACAGUUAUCGGUACUCGUCCUCUCCUAUUCGGAGGGUGAAACAAGAGAGGGAAAAAGAGAGAGGAAAACACGAGAAGGGCCAAAA